UGGAAACAUCUUGUUUCUACAUCACACGAAACACUCGAUCGGUUUUGUCCCUCGUUGCACACUCCAGAACAACUACAGUCGCUACGACAUACCAUACAAUAAUAUAUCAGCAUGAGGGUUUCCACUGUCAUCCUCACUAUCGCUGCGGCCGUUGCCGCCCAGGAUACCUACACUGCUACUGGUGCCGGCUGUGAGCCUCACAAUGACCAUUGGCACUGCCCAGCUGGUGUUGCUGAGCCUACCACCGCACCCGCUGCUGAGGCAUCCGUAGACACUGUCUCCGCUACUGUCAGCGGUGUGUGCGAGCCCCACAAUGACCAUUGGCACUGUCCUUCCGGUGUAGCUGAGCCCACCUAUGCUCCUUCAGCCGCUCCCGCCGUCACAUCUGCCAUCUCUGGUAGCAUCACAUCCGCUCCCGCUGCAUCUGCAUCUCACAGCCACAAUGACGAGGACGACCACUCCCAUGCGGUCACUGCUGCUACUUGCGAGCCUCACAACGAUCACUGGCACUGUCCCUCUGGCGUCGCCGAGCCUACUACCGCCCCUGCUCAGACUCGUUCCACCUCCAGGGCUUCCACAGCGAGCGGCGCUGGUGCGUCUGGGUCCGCGAGCGCUUCUACUUCCCAGUUCGCCGGCGCCGGAUCUGCUGUUGGCGCGAGCCAGCAGGGCUUCGUGGCUGUUGUUUUGGGCGCUGUUGGUGCUUUCUUCUUGUAGAUAACCAGCU